AGGGAGCGGAGCGAAGCGGAGGAGGCGGAGAAGGGCAGGAUGAAGAGGACGAUCAUUAAAGAUUGGAAAACGAGGCUGAGCUACUUCCUGCAGAACUCUUCCAAUUCUACUAAAAUGAAAUCUAAGAAAGUGGGAAAACACCGCACCUACUUCAGACCUUCCCCUGAAGAAGCCCAGCUGUGGUCAGAAGCCUUUGAUGAACUUCUUGCUAAUAAAUAUUCCUGAAAUAGGCAAUUGAUGGAUAUUUUUUUUUGUCUUGCUGCUUUCCGAGCUUUUCUGAAAUCAGAGUUCUGCGAAGAGAACAUCGAGUUCUGGCUGGCCUGUGAGGACUUCAAGAAAACCAAAUCACCCCAGAAGCUGACAUCGAAAGCAAAAAAAAUCUACAAUGACUUCAUUGAGAAGGAGGCUCCAAAAGAGAUAAACAUAGACUUCCAAACCAAGAACAUGAUCGCGCAGAAUAUUCAGGAAGCCACGCAUACCUGCUUCAGCGCGGCGCAGAAGAGGGUUUACAGCUUAAUGGAGAAUAACUCAUACCCACGGUUUUUGGAAUCUGAAUUCUACCAGGAGCUGUGCAAGAAGACGCCUAUCAGCAGAGCAGCCCAGGGGACAUGA